AUGGAGGAACCCCAGGCGCGUGAGGCGUGCACGAACGACAGGGACUCUGCCGAAGCCGCGCUCGCCGAAGCAGUCGACGAGCAAACGCAGGCGCUGCGACGCGAGGCUCUGCGGAAGCGCCAGGAAGCUCAAAAUGAGAUCAAUAGAUCCCAGCGGCUGAUGGAGGAGAUGAGGGUCCGCAUGGCGUCCAUCCGGGCGAUGUCGACCAAGAGCCUGCGCGCCAACCGGGAGAGGGAGCGGAGGGAGCUGGAGGCGGAGGAACGGCGCAGACGCAGCGCGGAGCGCGCGGCGCAGGGGCCCACGAUGGACGACCUGCCCGAGGACGUCCUGCUCGCCAUCAUCGGCAAGGUCGGGGACGCGAAGACGCUGCAGAGUGUUGGAUCGACGUGCAAGAAGCUGCGCGAGCUGGCCGCGUCCGACACGGUGUGGCGGGAGGUGUGCUUCGCCACGUGGGGCGCAGGGGGGCCCGGUGAGAGGCUGGACGAGGUGCCUUGCUUUGGACACAUCGUGCGCGCAGGAGGGCACCGUGCAGCGGUGCUGCCAGCAGACACCCCCCAGGAAGGCGCGCCCCCGCCGGCGCCCGCGCCCGCAAGCUGGCGCGCGGUGUACCGCGACAGAUGCGUCGGGUGGGCCACCGCGCUCGAGCAGCUCGAGUGGCUCCAGCGCAACGGGUAUCCCGCAGACGUCUCCGGGCGCGCACACAUGGCCGAGCUGUGCGUCGCACUCUCGUACCUUGCGCUCGCGACGCUGCCGUGCCCCGGCGCAGCCUCGAGGAGGGCGCACGCGUCGAGGCUGGGCGCCGUCGAGGCCACAGCGGCGCUGUUGGGGUCGGGUCAUGGGCUCCUCGUUGAGCAGGCCGCGUGCGCGCUGGCGAACCUGGUGAGCGUCAGUGGGCCGGUGCGGACCCAGGCAAUGAUGUACACCAACCACGGGCGGACGCUUGCGCCGCGGCUGGCGUCCGGAGUGCCCGGAAUCGUGCGGGAGGUGUCGCGGCUGUUGGUGGGCCUCUGGGGGCCGCAGACGGCGGCGCUGUCGCACGGGGAUGCGCUUGCGCUGGAUGCUGGGAGCGGUGGAGGGUGGAGCGCGGGGGAGGAUGGCGGGGAGGCGUGGCGGGAGCUGCUGGCGCGGCGGAGUGGGGAUCCUGGGGUGGGGAGGGGUAUUGCCGAGCUGGCGGGGGUGUUGGAGGUCGGCGGCGACGCGGAGGUGCCGGCGCUGGGGCGGAGUGCGUGGCGACCCGAAGGACCGCUGGAGGAGCACGAGCGGCGCGUGCGGGAGGUGUAUGAGGCUGUGUGCGCAAGUGCAGCCGAGGGGAGGAGCGGGGGCCUGGCGGAGGCCCUCGAUGGGCGCGCACUGAUGCUACAGCGGGUUCCAGAGGUGUGCGAGGCGGCUCGCGGCGGGAGCUGCAUGGGCCCGAAGGCAAUCGAGGGCGGGAUCUGGGCCGUCCAAGAGUUCUCCACCUACGGCGACCCCAUGUCUGUCAGCGUGCUGGAAAUGUGGCCCGAGUCAGGCGUCCAGUGCACGGGCCCCGACGCCAGCCCCACCGGCAAGUCUGCUGCGCAGAAGCUGCACUGCCGGAUCGUCGCCAUGCGUUCGGCGGCCCUCGCCACCACUGCCGCCGAGACACCGAGCGGCAACGCGCCGCCCGAGAGCCCCGGCCAGAGCUGGCGCGACGACAGCGGCGCGGGUCCGCGCGAGCUGACCGAGGGCACGUGGCAGACGGGCGAGCGGCUGCGCUGGCAAGUGCACGAGGCCGUGUGCUGGGGCAACGGGCGCUGGUACAUGCACCUGCGUCGCCGGGAGGGUGCAUGGACGCACCGCCUGGUGUACGGAGGCUGGAGGGACGUCUUUGGGGCGUGGGGGGUCGUCGGGGAGCGCGUGCGGGCGGACGGUGUUGUCGAGGCGGGGGCGCAGGCCCGAGGGCCGCGCGUGUUCCGCCUGCACUGGCUCGGGCCGGGCCGCGACACCCUGAGGUGA